UUCAAAAGUGAGUCUCCAUGGCGAUGUUGGCGAUGGCUAUGGCGAUGGCGAAGCCGUAGCUCUUCUGCAGUUAGUCAUUAACUGGAAGCUGGCGUUGCUGUACUUCCUCUUUCAAUUGAGGUACUCGUCGCGGCACCUCGUUGCGCCCAUGAACCCCGUUCUCAUUUCUGGUGGGGCGUGUAUUUGGCUUUUGAACGGAGCUGUUGAGGGUUGUGUGCUAAGAUGGAGGUGGUGUGUUAUGGCUGGAUCUUUCGACUGGUGUGUUGUGGAACCAAGGUGAAGGACAUGUUGGGGAAGUGGCGUUCCGAAUAAGAGUUCAUACAUGGGGAUUGGGAGGGGCUGAAGAGGUGAUUCACGUCUGUCGCGUUUUGGACGAAUUUUGGAGCUGCUGAGCUUUUCGUUCUACUGGGGAUUUGGGCUAAUUUUCUUGAUGCUGUGAUCAUCUUAGACUUGUAUGUUGAGUUUGUCUUCGCAAGAAGUUCCUUGAAAUUGUAGCCGGAGCUUCACUGGGUGAUCAAAAUGGAGGCCAUAAACUGCAGUCGCUAUGGUUGGAUGUAUUUUGCAAUGCUGUUGAGUAUUUUAAGUGUAGGAGCAAGGGCGAAUACCAACAAGGUGUAUAGUCCCUGUAUGGAUGCCACGGUGCAUAAGAACGAUGGGUUCACGUUUGGGCUUGCUUUUGCAAGCAACAAAUCUUUUUUCUACAACAAAAUUCAGUUGUCCCCCUGCGACUCCCGACUAGCGGAGAAAUUGAGAGAGCACAAAAUUUCAUUGUUCCGACCCCAGGUGGAUGAGGUUACGCUCCUCCUUGUUAACCACACGGAGAUAAAUCCUGAGAAUGUCGAAGGAGGAGGUUUUGCAGUAGCUUAUGCAGGGAAGAAACAUGCAGUCGUGUCAGCUCCACAUUUCUUGGCAAACUCAAGUUAUCGAAUCACUAGUCUUUCGUUGGUUCUGAAUUUUGAGCAAGGUAGACUACAGAAUAUCCUAUGGAAGAAUGAUGGUUGCAAAUCCUGCUUGGGAAACUCGAGCUUUGCAUGCGUGAGGGGUGAGUGUGCAAUUCAAAGCACAGCUUGCAUAGAAGCAGGAGGGAGAGUGGACUGCAGCCUGAGCAUCCAACUCACGUGGUCAGGUACGGAUCAGCGUCAAGAAGUGUUAAACUCAUGGUAUCAAAUGAGCAACCUCAACCAGUACUCGUUGUAUGGUCUCUACAGCAACCUUAAGAGCACUUUGACCGAUCGAUUUAGUAAUAUGAUUCGCUUCGCAAAGAGUCCUUGACAUUGUAUAUAGAGAUUACAUCUAAGCAUUAGAUUCUCACCGCUAAUGGUAGCUGUACAAAUGACAUGAAUUCCUCAGUAGAUGAACACUGAUAUAUUUUUACAAUGCUGUCAUCUUCACAGUGAAUAUAGGCAGUUCGAAGUACAAUAGAGGAAUAUAUGCCAUGUCUGCACAAUGAUCAUGUCUUGACCAGUUAAAAUGGUUGUUCUUCUGUUCCUCUCUUUACUUCA